AUGCCUUCGCUCAGGCAAGGAGAGUUCGUCGGCUCCCUCGACUGUGGCACCACGUCCACUCGUUUUCUCAUCUUCAACAAGCAUGCGGACAUCGUGGCUCAAUACCAAAUUGAAUACCCACAGUAUUACCCCGAGCCAGGAUGGCACGAACAGGAGGCGGACGAGAUUGUGGAGAGUUGCGAUGUGUGCAUCACGAAAGCAUGCGAGACCCUCGAAGAAGCAGGCUGGUCGAAGAACAGCAUCAAAGUGAUCGGGAUCACGAACCAGCGUGAGACCGCCGUCGCAUGGAGUCGCAAGACCGGCAAGCCCCUCUGCCGCGCCAUCGUCUGGGACGAUUCCAGGACGAAGAACACCGUCACACACUUUGAACAUAAGAUUGGUUACAUCGGUCUUGAGGUCGAGCCUGGAGUCAUCCGGAAGGGCCAAGAGGGAGAGCACGCUCUAAAACAGCUGACCGGCUUGCAGCUGUCAACCUACUUCUCCGCCAUCAAGCUACGAUGGAUGAUUGACCACCAUGAAAAUGUUAGAAAGGCACACGAAGAAGACGACCUCCUUUUCGGAACGGUGGAAUCCUGGAUUGUCUAUUGUUUGACUGGCGGUAAAGGACAAGGCUUGCAUGUCACGGAAGUGACGAACGCAUCCCGUACCCUCCUCAUGAAUCUCCACACACUACAAUGGGACCCUAUCCUCCUAGAUUUCUUCGAGAUCAAGCCAUCGGUACUCCCCAAAAUCGCUUCGUCCUCCGAGGUGUACGGCCAGGUGGCGUACGGCGCGCUCAAGGGUGUGAAGAUCGGCGGCCUCGUCGGAGACCAGCAGGGUGCCCUCGUCGGUAACAAGUGCCUGAAGCAAGGGGAAGCCAAAUGCACUUACGGCACCGGCGCAUUCCUGUUGUUCUGCACAGGUGCCGAUAUCGUCUCGAGCGCGCACGGGUUGUUGAGCACGGUCGCGUACCAGAACGGGCCUGGUGCCAAGCCCGUUUAUGCCCUGGAGGGAUCCAUCGCCGUCGCUGGAAGCGCGAUUAAGUGGUUGCGCGAUUCUAUGAAGAUGAUAUCCUCCGCACCCGAAGUUAACACUCUUGCGGCAUCGACACCCGAGACCGGCGGAAUCUACUUCGUUCCCGCAUUCUCAGGUCUGCUCGCACCAUACUGGGACCCCGGAGCAGGUGGCAUGCUCAUCGGCCUCUCCUCAUAUACCACGCCGGCGCACAUCUGCCGAGCGACGCUGGAGGCAAACGCAUAUCAGACGCGCGAGAUCCUCGAGAGCAUGAAGCUCGACUCGAAGACGGAACUUAAGCACCUCAUGGUCGACGGCGGCAUGACAAAUGGCGACAUGGCGAUGGAAAUCCUCGCCGAUGUCGGUGGUUUCACUGUCGUCCGGCCCGAGAUGAGAGAAUCGACUGCAUUGGGCUCCGCGCUCCUCGCGGGCUCCGCUGUGCGCCUGUUUGGGUGGGACAUCAGCAAGCCUGAGACGCUUGCGGAGGUGAACACAAAGGGCACGCGCGAGUUCAAGCCCGAUAUGUCGGCGGAGACGCGCGAGCGCAAGUGGCUCGGGUGGAAGCGUGCGGUCGAGCGUUCUCUCGGGUGGGAGGAGGGCAUUGACGAAUGA